UCUCGUUUCUGGUUGCCGGCAUUUCCAGCAGCACCGGUUACUUUUCCGCGACGACCACGACCAAACCACUUCAUACUUAACGCUUUUUUAUCACUUUAUUUACACCAUGCCUGGUUACCCCGAGAGAGACCGCGACAGAGACCGUGGCGGCAGAGACAGGGGCUAUGGCGGCGGCGGCGGCCCGCCCCGGUUCGGUGGCAGCCGUAAUGGAGGAGGUGGAGGAGGAGGAGGGAAGUUCGGGAAUCCCGGCGAGCGGCUGCGGAAGAAGCACUGGAACCUGGACGAGCUGCCCAAGUUCGAGAAGAACUUCUACCAGCAGCACCCCGACGCCACCCGCAGAUCGCCGCAAGAGGUUGAGCAAUACAGAAGGACCAGGAUUAUUACCAUCAAGGGGAGAGAUUGUCCCAAUCCCAUAAUGCAGUUCCACGAAGCAAGCUUCCCCACUUAUGUCAUGGAGGUGAUCAAUAAACAGGGCUGGACUGAGCCAACCCCCAUCCAGGCUCAGGGCUGGCCCGUGGCUCUAAGCGGCAAGGACAUGGUUGGCAUUGCUCAGACCGGCUCUGGCAAGACGCUUUCUUAUCUGCUGCCAGCCGUUGUCCACAUUAAUCACCAGCCGUUCUUGGAGCGCGGAGAUGGCCCUAUUUGUCUAGUGCUAGCCCCGACCCGUGAGUUGGCACAGCAGGUGCAACAGGUGGCUGCAGAAUACGGCAGAGCUUCUCGCCUCAAGAGCACCUGUAUCUACGGAGGAGCCCCGAAAGGACCCCAGAUCAGAGACCUGGAGAGAGGUGUUGAGAUCUGCAUUGCCACUCCAGGCAGGCUCAUCGACUUCCUUGAGGCAGGAAAGACAAACCUUCGCAGAUGCACCUACCUUGUGCUGGAUGAAGCUGAUAGGAUGCUGGACAUGGGCUUUGAGCCACAGAUCAGGAAGAUCGUUGACCAAAUCAGACCUGAUCGGCAGACUCUUAUGUGGAGUGCUACUUGGCCCAAAGAGGUCCGUCAACUGGCAGAGGACUUCCUGAAGGAGUACGUGCAGAUCAACGUUGGGGCGCUGCAGCUCAGCGCUAACCACAACAUCCUCCAGAUAGUGGAUGUCUGCAAUGAUGGGGAGAAGGAGAACAAACUCAUCCGUCUGCUUGAGGAAAUCAUGAGUGAGAAGGAGAACAAGACCAUCAUCUUCGUAGAGACAAAGAGGCGGUGUGAUGACCUUACGCGCAGGAUGAGACGUGAUGGAUGGCCUGCUAUGGGGAUCCAUGGAGAUAAAAGUCAACAGGAAAGAGACUGGGUUCUCAAUGAGUUCAAAUUUGGGAAGGCCCCAAUCCUUAUUGCUACAGAUGUUGCCUCCAGAGGUCUAGAUGUUGAAGACGUCAAAUUUGUCAUCAACUUUGACUACCCCAACAACUCUGAGGACUAUAUCCACCGCAUUGGCAGAACGGCCCGUAGCCAAAAGACAGGCACAGCCUAUACCUUCUUCACCCCAAACAACAUGAGGCAGGCUGGCGACCUCAUCUCUGUGCUGCGCGAGGCCAACCAGGCUAUUAACCCCAAGCUCCUCCAAAUGGCAGAAGAUAGAGGAGGUCGUUCAAGGGGCGGCAGAGGUGGUGACUUCCAUCGGGACAGGUUUUCAUCCGGACGGCGUGACUUCGGCGGUAGGAACAGGGAUGGUGGUAGAAGCUUUGACAAUGGACCAAGUAAGGCCUUUGGCACAAAUUCACAGAACGGAGGCUAUGGAGGCAGCAAUGGCGCCGGCGGCAACGGCUAUGCUGCAGCAGGCUUCAAUGGACAGUCCAACUUCAACCAAACAGGAUCAUUUGGUAACCAGAACAACUUCCAGGCUCAGCCUGUUGCACAGAAUGGUAUGAGCCAUCCCUCAUUCCCCUUCCCUCAGGGACAGGCUCCACAGCAGCAUCCUCCACCUCUGGUGCCGUAUCCCAUGCCUCCUCAGUUCUCUCAGUAAAUGCACCAUACACUUGAAAAAGUAAUUUAUUUGCUUUUUUUUUUGUUUGUUCUUCCCCCAAGUUCUUCGCUUAACCCAUUUUUGUAUUUGCUUAACAGGGUUAUAUCAAUGUAAGACUCAGUGCUAAGAUCUGCGGUGCAGCAAUAGUAGUAAUGCAUACUUGUUUUCCUCCACAUAUUUAAUUUUUUUUUAUAUUCCUCAAUGUUUAGAGUUUUUUUUUUUUUUUUUCCUCUUUUCCCUUUUUUUUGUACUAGGUAACUGCAAGUGUAUUGGUUUUCAUGUAUGUUGUUGAAGGCAACGAGCUACAUUGGAAGUGCACUGCAUGUCUUUCAAAUAAAACCCUAUUUGAAAAAAUAA